CUAAAAUUAAGAAUUGACCAAAGAUUGGUAAUAAUAAUUUAUUACCUUUUCUCAAUUCUUAAUCUAGUUUUAGGUUUAGCCUUAUAUAUUCUACCGAAAAAAUGAAAAUACCAUGCGCCGAUAAAAGCACAUGUCCUCUUAUGUCUGGCAACACUGAACUUAACAGAAUUUAGUAUAUAUAGUGGCAGAUUACAAAUCGGUUGUAUUAAAUCGAGUCGUUCUAGUGUAUCUACUAAUAAGCAGUAAGUGAAAGUCAAAUCAGUGUAACCAAAACAUGCCAUCCCUGCACAUCGGUGACGUCGUUCCCAACUUUACCGCUGAAACCACACAUGGCAGGAUCAAGUUUCACGACUGGCAAGAUGGCAAAUGGGUAGUUUUGUUUUCUCAUCCAGCUGAUUUCACUCCUGUCUGCACUACAGAAUUGGGAAGGAUAGCUGUACACCAACCACAGUUUGAAAAAAGGAAUGUGAAGCUGUUAGCUCAUUCUGUCGAUAACCUGAAGUCUCACAAAGACUGGGUGAACGACAUAAAGAACUACUGCAAAGAUAUUCCCGGGGAGUUUCCAUACCCUAUCAUCUCAGACCCUGACAGGGAAUUGGCAGUGCAACUGGACAUGAUCGACGCCAAGUUCCAGAAGAGCGAUGCACACGCAGCAACUGUCAGAGCUCUUUACAUCAUAGACCCAAAACACGUUCUAAGACUCUCCAUGCACUAUCCACAAUCUACUGGAAGAAACGUUGACGAAAUUUUGAGGGUGAUCGACUCCCUGCAGUUAGUAGAUAGAAUUCCUCAAAUUGCCACACCUGCAAACUGGGUACCUGGUGAAAAGGUAAUGAUUCUUCCUUCUGUGAGUGAAGAUGAUGCAAAGAAACUGUUUCCUAAAGGAGUUGAUAGAGUUGGCAUGCCUUCUGGCAUCAAUUACAUACGAACCACAACCGACUAUUAGAUGUAAAAUAUUUGACACAUUUCUCAUUAAUAAAAAAUCUUUCACUAUUUAUGCGAGUUUUAUAUGACGACAGGUUCCGAGAUUCUGUAUCCGAGAAACGGAAUGCGACGUGCCAUGAAAUGGAUUAACCAACAUUUUGCAAACAUAACAGUUCUGGAAUAAAAAAAAAUUGGUUAAUUAUUACUUUAUUUGAAAAAGCAACAAGGUGGUAGUACUGAUAGCAUAAUACAAAAAGUGUGGACGUGAUUACAUGUUAAAAGAAAAAC